AUGAACAGCGACAAAAACGAGAGAUUAAAAAGUCUUAAUCGCCAAAGAGGAGCGAUGAAGGCAAAGCUCACAUCGUUUCGAAUAUUCCUAGAGGCGCUAGAAAAUCGCGAUAGCAUAGAAGAACAUGAAAUUAUAAAUUUUGAGCAGCGAAUCGACAGAAUCGAGGAAUUAAUCGUAGAUUACGACGCAUGUCAAGGCGAAAUUGAACAGUUAACAGAUGAAAGCACGAUAGAGGAGUGUUUUAUGCAAAGAGCCGAAUUCGAAGCGAACUUCUAUGAAUGGACAGCAAAGGCACAAAAACGCUUCAAUGAUUUAAAACCUGAUACAGGAAAAAUUAUCAAAGCAGAAUCAGAACUAGCAGCACGAGGUUUAGCAACAGCAUAUCGCAAGAUCAAGCUUACACAACUGAAGCUCCCGCAAUUCGAUGGAUCAUAUGACAAAUGGCCGAAAUUCCACGAUAUGUUCAAGUCGCUCAUUCAUAGCGACAAGCAGAUAGAUACCAUUGCAAAAUUUCAGUAUUUACAAGGAUCUCUUUCAGGUGAAGCACUAACGGUACUUGACGGACUCGAUGUGUUGGAAGCCAAUUACGAAGCAGCAUGGGAGCUAUUAGUCAAAAGGUAUCAAAACAAGGGAUUAAUGAUACACAAGCACAUCGAGAAAAUAGUCGAACACCCGAAAAUAUUAAAGGAAAAUCAUGAGUAUUUGCGAAAAUUAGUAGACGCUAUGCGUGGUCACAUGCGCGCGUUAACGGCGUUAGAACAGUCAGUAGAGUCAUGGGAUCGCCUAUUAAUAUAUCUAAUUUCAGGUAAGCUCGCUGCAUCUUCCAAGAAUGAAUGGGAGAAGGAGAUAAUAGAACAAGACGAGUUGCCAGACAUACAAAGCUUUUUUAAUUUUUUGGAAAAACGAUGCCAGUUGCUAGAAAAAACGGGCAAACAUGUUAAAGUCGCAAAUGAAACGCAAUCGACGAGACCAACAAGCAAACACAACUCCACGGUACUUGCGCAUGCUAGCACCACAAAGGGAAGUUGCAUACUGUGUGGAGAAUCCCACGCAUUAUUCGUAUGCAAGUCAUUUUUAGAAAUGUCGGUAAGCGCUCGAAUAGAGCAGGUAAAAACAAAGAAAGCAUGUCUGAAUUGUUUAAGGUUAGGUCAUAUAGCGAUAAAUUGCAAGUCGCAAAAAUGUUGCAAAUGCGGAAAGUCGCAUAACACCUUAUUGCAUUUGGGAGAGGUUGCUAAUGACGAAAAGUCGAAAGAGGAAGAAAAACGAACUCUACAAAAGCAAGGAUCGGACAACGAAGCAAAGGAGGUUGUAGCAACGCACGUCGCAAUCAAAACACCGAUACAUUCUACAUUACCCACUGCAAUGGUGGAAGUCGUUGGCGGAGCAGGACAGACACUCAAAUGCAAUGUGCUUUUGGAUUCAGGAUCACAAUCCAAUUUCAUGACUACCAAUAUAUGCGCCAAGCUAGGACUUCGCACUACAAACGCAGAUAUAUGCGUAUUAGGAAUAAAUCAAAUCGAAAGCAAAGUAUUCGAAACGACUAAAACAAAAAUCAAAUCCAUGCAUUGCGAUUUUGAAGAACUGGUUUUCAUGGUGGUUCCCAAAAUCACCUCACGUCUGCCCAGCGAACCAUUAAAAUUCCGAAGGGAGGAUAUAUCUUCGAACGUCUCACUGGUAGACCCGGACUUCCAUAAACCAAAGAAAAUCGAUCUAUUAGUUGGAAUCGAUUUGUUCUGGAAUAUAUUCGAGGAUGACUCUGCAAAAUAUCCAUAUCUGCGCAAGACGAAACUGGGAUACGUGGUCGCAGGGAAGCUACCAUCAAGAGACAACCAUAGAAGAGAAACGAGAUGUCAUAUCGCUACACACGAGGAUGACCUUUCAUGUUAUUUACAGCAAUUCUGGGAAGUGGAGGAGCUUCCAUCAAAGCGGCUUUUCUCCUCAGAAGAACAGGCGUGCGAAAUACAUUUUACGGAAAGCACUAAACGAGACAAUGAGGGACGAUUCAUAGUCAGCAUACCCUUCAAGGCGUCUAUAAAUGAAUUGGGAGAUUCCCGCGAGAUAGCAGAACGGCGUCUAAAAUCAUUGGAGCGAAGACUGCAGAAGGACGAGAAAAUGAGAAGCCAGUACGCAGCCUUUCUGCGCGAAUAUGAAGAACUUGGUCAUAUGACCAAGAUCGCAGAAGAUAACACCGCCAGUAUUGCUUGUUAUCUACCGCAUCAUGGGGUUGUAAAGGAAAGCAGUCUUACAACCAAAUUGCGGGUCGUUUUUAACGCCUCAUCCCCAACAUCUACCGGCGUGUCAAUUAAUGAUUUACAAAUGGUGGGACCUACUAUUCAGCGAGAACUUUUAUCUAUACUUUUGAGUUUCAGGCAGCAUCCAUACGUCAUAGGUGCCGACAUAACUAGGAUGUAUCGCCAUGUAUUGAUUGAGCCGACGCAAAGAUCACUUCAGCGCAUUCUCUGGAGGGAAAGGCCAGAAGAUCCCAUCAUCGAGUAUCAGCUUAAUACCAUCACGUAUGGAAUGACCGCUAGUGCAUUUCUCGCUAUCCGCUGUCUUUUUAGCCUGGCUGAGGAACAUCAGAGUAUAUAUCCUGAAGCUGCCAACAUCAUAAAGGAUCACAUGUAUGUCGAUGAUUUAUUGUUCGGAGCCCCAACACGAGAGAAGGCAAUUCGGCUGGCAACCGACGUAUCACAUAUUCUGGCGGCAGGAUGUUUUGAGUUACGGAAAUGGAUUUCCAAUGAUCCAGAAACAAUCGCAAAUAUUGAUAAAUCAAACUGUGUUCAUGACAUCAUCAAAAUUGGAGGAAACGAGUCGACCAAAACGCUGGGAUUAUCUUGGUCUUCUGCAAAAGAUGAAUUAGUAUAUCAGAUAGAGGUGGAACCCGGACUGGAGCCCACAAAGCGCUUUGUAUCAGCAAUGAUAGCUCGCAUAUACGAUCCAUUAGGCCUGCUUGGUCCUAGUAUCAUAAUCGUAAAGAUGAUACUGCAACAAUUGUGGAGAUCGAAACUAUCAUGGGAUGAUCCGCUCCCGACAGAAAUGCAUUGUUGUGCGCCAAGACCGGUAAAGGCGUUGACUACACCAAAAUUAGAGUUGACGGCCGCACAUCUCAUGGUAAAGUUGAUGAAUAAGGUGAAGGCAUCGCUAAGUUUAAACAUUGAUAAGGUAUACUAUUGGAGUGAUUCAUCCAUCGUUUUGGGAUGGAUAAGGAUGGAACCAUAUCGGCUGCAGACAUUCGUGCGCAAUCGCGUGGUAGACAUACAGGCAUCAUCCGCCAUUGCAAAUUGGAGACACGUUCCAUCCGCCGAUAAUCCAGCAGAUCUGGCAUCGCGAGGAGUGUCGCCGAAAGCUUUAGCGGACAGAAAACUUUGUUGGAAUGGUUAA